UCGCUGGCUUGACUGAAACUUCACAGGACUGAAUUUAUCGGUCGGUCAACGAACGCUCUCUCUCUCUCUCUCUCUCUCUCUCUCUCUCUCUCUCUCUCUCUCUCUCUGUCACAGACACACACACACACACGCACUCUCUUUCUACUCGAUUUCACAACUCUCGGCUCUGUCUAUCAGGUGGACGAGUGGGAGAAACGCUUGUAAGUUACACUUUCGUGACGCAAGGGAAAAAGGAGAUUCACUGUGGCUUGUCGCCCUGUCAACCAAAACUCAAAACUGCGUAACUCUAAGGUUUCUGUAACAAACACACACAUUAACUGGCCUUUUUUUUCGUUGGAUUUAUCACGUUUUCAAGCUCAUCAAAACAACGGAAACAGUUGCCGCGGUGUUCGGAGAGAGUGUUCUCCUCGCCUCAUGCGGCUGAUGUGAACGAGCGAAGACCAGCUGAGACACUUUUGCGCUUCUUAUUUAUUCUCUGUUGGAGGAGCGAAGACGGCCGUUGGAUCUGUUUGUUUUACUCCUGUUUAUUCAUCCGUCGGGAUUACUCAUUCUGCUGAAAACAGUCUGGGAAGCCGGCUGGAAGCGCCGCCCGUCCUCUUUCUGCUUUUUGAGAGAAAAUACUUUUCGUGUCUUGCUUUGAGAACAGGAAAAUCUGCUGCGCUGUUUGGAUAACGCGCGACGCCCAGUUUCAAGGAGAUUUUUACUCUCUUCCAAUUAUCUUCUGUUUAGCUCAUGGGGGUUUUGUGCUGUGUGGUUUUUUUUUAACGUGUGCGUUGUUCUAAUAGACUGCGCAUUUCAACAAAGCAUUUGUGACGAUAAGGGAAAAGAAAAGUGUUAGUUGGUACCAGUGUGGUGUAUGUGGAGAAAGGGCUCGGUCGAUCUCACUGUAGCAGACCAACAGAGCGGGGGUCGAAAACAACAACAACGUACGGUAAAUAAUACAGUGGCUCCUCGCGGAGUCGCGAGCAAUUAAGAAAAAUGCUUUGCGCUCACUUCUCAUCUCUCUUAUCGUGAGAGGCACACACGCCACGAGAGCAGGAUAUCCGUUUGUUUUGCAGUCCUCGCUCGGUAUCUGGCCGCAGUGGUAGCAGACGAUAACAUGUUUAUAAUAUCCAUGCCCACCUUCUGACGGAAUUUCCGUUGUGCAGGAUUUUUUUUUCUGUUUUUUUUUUUUCACCCUCUCAUUCUUUCUGCCGGUGUGACAGUUUAGUGUGAAACGUCUUCAUCAUGUCUCCUGGACUAGAGACCCUCAGCGGGUUAUUGGAUUGUUCCUCGGAUUAUUGUGACAAUCGCCGUUCCUGGUCACCCUUCACUACGCCUUCCAGACAGAUUCCAAACUCAACCUUAUUCUAGAUUUCGUCAAUGGCGGAGAAAUGUUCACCCAUCUGUAUCAAAGAGAUCACUUUGACGAGAAUGCAGUAAGGAUAUACAUUGGUGAAAUCACACUGGCGCUGGAAACACUGCAUAAGCUGGGUAUUAUUUAUCGUGAUAUCAAACUGGAGAACAUCUUGCUGGACUCUGACGGCCACAUUGUACUCACAGACUUUGGCCUCAGCAAGGAGUUUCUGCCCUCGGACAGUGACCACCGAACCUACUCUUUCUGUGGCACCAUUGAGUACAUGGCCCCCGAGGUGGUCAAGGGAGGGCAGGCUGGACAUGAUUUUGCUGUAGAUUGGUGGUCCCUCGGAGUACUGACCUACGAACUUCUGACAGGGGCAUCGCCUUUCACUGUAGAAGGGGAGAAGAAUUCGCAGAGUGAAAUUUCAAAGCGCAUAAUGAAGUGCAACCCCCCGUUCGGUGACAACAGAUUUUCUCCCGAGGCUAAAGAUCUCAUCCAGGGUCUUCUCACAAAGGAUGCGACGAAGCGACUUGGUUCUCGCAGUGCAGAGGAUGUGAAAAGACACCCGUUCUUCAAGCCCAUGAACUGGGACGACUUGGCCAAGAAGCAGAUUCCUGCUCCAUUCGUGCCCAAGAUCCGCCACGAGCUCGACCUGAGCAACUUCUCCGAGGAGUUCACCAAGAUGGCUGCCAUGGAGUCUCCGGCCAAUGGUUAUGGUAUAGCUUUCACCGUCAGAACAGUUAUGUUGCUUUUUUUUUUCGUCGACUUGUAUGUUGUGUCAAACAUUGGGGAGAAACUGUUCAAGGGUUAUUCCUUCGUGGCCCCAUCCGUCAUUUUCUCGGAGAACUCUGUCAGUGCUGAUCUGCUCCGCAAGACUGUGGACAACCAGCCCGACGACAAAGCCAUUUUCACAGCUAACUUCUUCAAGACCUCUCCCUUUUUCCACAAGUAUGAGUUGGAUAUGAGAGGAGCUCCACUCGGGGACGGCACAUACUCUAUAUGCAGAAAGUGCCGCAAUAUAUUGACAAACCAACUGUAUGCUGUGAAGAUAGUGGCGCGACGCAUUGGAUGUAGCCGAGAGGUCCAGCUUUUGAACCACUGUCAAGGUCACCCAAACAUUGUGGAGCUGGUGGAUGUCCUGUAUGAUGAUCAUCACACCUACAUAGUGAUGGAGCUGCUGAAAGGCGGAGAACUUUUAGGUCGGCUGAAGAAGAAAAAGUUUUUCACGGAGACAGAAGCCAGCGAGCUCAUGUGGAAGCUGGUCAAAGCCGUGGAGUUCAUGCAUAGUCGUGGAGUGGUUCAUCGGGACUUGAAGCCAGAGUACUCAAUGCUGUCAGGCCGAGUCCCAUUCCAAGUGUCCAACGACCCCGACUGUGCCCUGAGCAUCAUGCAGCGCAUCCAGGACGGCGAGUUUGACCUCAGCGGCUCCGAGUGGUCAGAGGUGUCGCUGGCGGCCAAGCAACUCAUUCAAGGACUGCUGACCGUGGAGCCCAAGAGGAGACUGCGCAUGCAGGAGUUGGUCAAGCACAAGUGGCUGCGGAAAAACGUCAACUCCCCUUUGUCGCACACGCCCCUCCGGACACCAGGUGUGCUCAACGCUCACAGCGACGAGGUCCAGGACCAGAUAAACACUACCAUAGAUGCCUUUCAUGCUGCCACACGCAACGGCUUCCGCCUUCAGGAAGUGGCCACGGCUCCCCUCGCACGAAGACGCAAACAGAAGAAAAACUCUGUGGACAACCGAAGCAGCAGCACCGACAGUAACAACUCCAGCUCCACAAGCUCUUCGUGUGGGGCCAGUCAGACGUGCGGUGUGCAGCAGUCCCCAGUUCGAGCCCUGUCCCGGAAUUCUUCGGCCUCAAGCGUUUCUCAGAGCUCGGUAGGCAGCAUGGGCUUCGUGCCUUCGAUGAAUAACAACAGCGGUAGCAGCAACAACCCGUCUCCUACUCCCAUCAGCGCUGCUUCAUCGUCUUCAACUACAAAGUUUCCAACCAACGAGAAGGCCUUGGCUGUGUCUCAGACCACACUGGGAGUCUCUGCUUCUGCCAGUGGUGCUUGUGGCACUUCUUGCAAUACUCAGCCGCUACGGGCCUCUCCUUUGUGUAUUGACUCGAGUCGUAAAUCCCCCAUUCACAUUCCGUCUCAGGACAGCAUGGACGAAGAGGAGGAAGAGGAAGAUAACAACACAGAGGAAGACGGGGCUGCUCGGAAAACGAAAGGGAAAGAACGUCAAGCCUCCAGGAAGCACAGCAAGAACAACAACAGUAAAAGUGUGUCAUCAGCCGUGCGUCUCACUCGCGGCCGCAAGAGGAAACUGGAGGAGGCUGAGAUUGAAGAGGGGGAGGACAACGGUAGUGGUGCUGCUGACAGAGACAGCCAAGACUGCGUCAUUGUGGAGAGGAACUACCCAGAACUUCCAGCCAGCAGAGCCAAGCAUUUGCAGUCAGAGACCAUUGUUAUUGAUUGAGAUUUUUUUUUCUUCAAAAAAUGCUCCCCACUUGGAGGAUUUUCUCUUUGGACAAAGACAUACAUACUUUCAGUGGCUAUGCUGUGUGUUGGAACAGACAGCGGAACAGCAUUGCUGUAUAUUGUUGAGCCAACAGCUACAUGGCAAUGAUGUAUAUCUUGAACGAACAGAUACAUGUUGAAAGACCAGAUUCUGUUGUGUUUAUGUUGAACAGCUUCAUGGCUAUAGUGCUGUAUAUGUUGAAGGACAUCUUCACUUUAAGUAAGUGUGGUCAAUAUUAUUCCUACCACAUCUGCCCCACACACCCUCUUCAAUUAAAACCCAGCCAGAGAUCGGAGAUAGAAAAGACUUGUACAGCGUCUCAUCUUAAUUUCAGUGCCAACUGGCUGGUUUUGUUGACUGGUGCUUAUUUGCAGUCUGAACUCAAGUUUUCCUGCUUCUGAUCACAGAUGGAGUCUGCGAAGGAGCCAGGCAUAAAGGUGUGCUUCUCAGUUUAAUUUCCUGCACAUAUUUGUGCGAAAGGAGUCACAAAUGAAUAUGUGUGCUUCACAGUUUAUGUUGCUCUGCAUAUUUACGCUCCAUGGCUGAACUUGUUUUGGGGUCUAGAUCCUGAUCUAACUGCUGCCUGCAUAUGGAGAUGUAUUUUUAUGGUGAUAAUAGUUACCAGACUUGUAAAGGAAGGUGGUUUAAAACAUCUGAGCAGAAUAAUGAUUAGCAGACCAUCGUUGCCAAUGUCUUUUUCAGGUGAUACUUGAAAAAGAAUGGUCUCACAACUCCGGCACGUUUCACAUUGAUGGGUUGUUGUUUACAGUGAGUCAGCUCAAUUGCAGCCUCGUUAUUCCCUUGCUGCACGUGGAUGAAGUGGAAAAAGAGGACACCAUUCCAUUUAGACUCUGAAUGUUCCUUUUUUUUUUGUGUGUACUUUUCUGGCCUACAAUGAUGCUGUUGGGCUUGUUGGCAGAGCAGGGGAUAGUGAAGAAAUUUAUAGAAAAAUGAAAA